AUGGAAAAAAACAACGCCCCAAAUUACGAUAAGAUAAUAUUGAAUGAGCUUGAAAACGUAAAUUUGAAUUAUUUAGGCUUAAAGGAAUUUAAUCAACAGUUUUUAAAAAAAUCAGUAUUUGAAAUUGAGGUUGAAAAUGUUAACAUUAAGUUGAGGGAAAUAAUUAACAUAAAGGAUAAUAUUAAACCUGUUAUUUUACUCAUUUUUGUAAACAGACUAGUAAAUAUCGCAAAAAAGAGCAUUUUUUUAAAGACUGGGAAAUCUCUUGAAGAAAAUAUAUUUUUUCCAGAGCUAGAGUUGCUUGCUAAUUUAAUAAAAGAAGGAAACAUUAUUAAGGACUGUUUUGAAUAUGCUGGGCUUUCUGGUUUACAAGACCUGAGUAAUUCAUUUAUUAUUGAAAUUUUGAAUGCUAUUAUUAAAAUUCCUACUCUUGCAAUUAACUCAGUACUGGCUUUGAAGCCAAGUCUGAAAAAUAAUAUGGAUAUUAGAAUACUUGACAAGUAUAUUCCAAUGGAAUUGCAUGACUCCAAUUACUAUAAGUAUAUCUGGUUAUGCGUAUUACAUAUUUUAAAUGACAUAGAACCAAAUAAUAAGGCAGCCUACAGUGCUUUGCAAAUUAUUUUCAACAGGUUAUUUUUAAGAGGAUACAAAAAUAUUCUAUGCAGCAUUAUGAUUGAAUGGCCGAUAAUCACCGAUAAGUUUGUAUUUAAAGAUCAUAAAACUCUUAAUAGUAAAGAAUUAUACUUGAAUCGUGUUUUUGAUAACAUAUUAAACAUCAACAAAGGCGAUAAAAAUUUGAUUAGAUCUUUUGUUAAACAACUCUUCAAAGAAAUAGAGAAUUCAAGAUUAGAAAUUAGCGAAGGAGUGGUAAUUCUUAAGCUGGGAGACAGUGAUUUUGACAAAGAGUUCAAUUUAGAAGAUAUUGUAAAUGACAAUUUCUUUUUUCUUUUUAGGUCAAUAAUUGACUUUUGUGUUCUUGAAGAAGGCUUGAGCGAUAGCAAAGGAUUUCUUAAGAGUGAAAUGUUUUUGAUCAAAAAACAAAGCUUUUCCAUGGGAACAUACCUGGUAUUUCUGGAUAUUUGUGUGCUUAAUAUUGUUAAGAAAGAGGAAUUUGGAAUAUAUAUUUUACCACAACAACAUUUUGAUUAUUUAGAAAAGAUUCGACUCGAAAAAUUCAUUUCAAUAGAAAAAUCAGGUAAAUCGAAGGUAUAUUUGAGUUUUCUCAAGGAGAUAACUCAAUUCUUGGCCAAGCAAUGGAAUUCUUAUCAAGAGUCAAUGACUUAUUCCCUAACCCUUUCUGUAGUAAUGGUCCGAGCAAUCUCUAUCUUAAUAUAUUUAAAUUUGGAUAGUCUCUCAAGUUUGAAAGGAAUGCUACUUGAAUUUUAUAUGGAUAUCACAGAAGGAAUACAGUUCAGGCUUAAGAAUAUUGACCCAGUCAUUCGGUCCAGUGCUAUGUACCUGGGAGAAUUUUACUUUAAUUUGCUUUAUGAAUUGUUCCCAUCAAAUAAUGAAGCUGAUAGUGGGUACUUAAUAAAUGAGAUUCCAAAAUUUGACGAACUUAAAUUACUUAACCCAGAAAUAAACAAUCUCUUAGCCUGCAUACACAACUCCACAAAAUUCUUUGUUAUUAAGAUCUUUUCAAAUGUAUUUGAAACCCAAAUAAGAAAUGUUACUGAAUCUAUUAAAGAAAUGACCUUGAGUCAGAAAGAAAAAGAGCUCGAUGAAAACAAAGCCAAGGAUAUUGUGGAUGAAGAUGACGAAUUUUGGAAUAAGGCACCCUCAAUCAAAGUCACUUCCAAAAAUGCAAGGAGGAUACAAUCAAAAGUCUCAAAAGGCCAACUUUCUGUUCCAAAUACUAUCCAAAUAAAGGAAGAACCAAAAAAUAAGCUGGUAAACAAGUCAUUUGACCUUAUCAACCUUUACACCGACGAAAAGAAAUCCAAAGAAAUACCGGACAAAGCCGAAAAACUACUAAACUUACUAAAGGAGCUGGCAGAAGACAUUGAAAAAGACAAUUCUAAUUAUGACCACCUAAUUUCCCCUCUUAUUGACAAAUUGAUAUCAUUGAGAGAAAAAGAUCAGAAUAUACUUGCACUAAUCAUUCUUUCUAAGUUAAUCCAGUACAAAACAGAUAAAGUUGCAGCAAACAUGAUUAUCUAUUCGUGCAACAUGAACAAUGGAAUUCCAAUGGAUACAAGAAUCCUUGUGCUAAACUCCCUCAUAUCAGCAUGUAAAAACAUGGCAAAUUCUCAAAGUAACACUCAAUCUACAAUUCGUCCUAACAAAAAAGUCAUUAUAAAUCUAUUUGAUAAACAUUCUUUAAUUUGGUCAUCUCAUCUAGUCAAAUAUAUCAUGGACCUAAUUAUUCAAUCCGAAGACCAUGAACAUUUUGAGAAAAUUCCAAACAUAUUCUUUAUCUCCUCAUUAGAGCUAUUUAACCAAAUCAUCCUCAAUACCUCAUCCAACAAUACAAAUAUCGAACAAAUUACCUAUUCUGGACUGGAAUUUGUCAUAUCCAUAGACUUAAUAAAUAAUCAUCUCUUCAAAGACCUAGCUAUCCGAAAAUCUAUAUAUCUGCUAACCUUCAAUAUUAUUCUCAAGUGCAAAUACUCAUCAUAUUGUGUAGCAUUAAACCAAAUCUCAUCAAAGAUCUUAGCAUGGCUUUCCAGAGCUGAAGUCUUUGAAACAGAUCCUAACUCUAUUAAAAUUAUUCAUGAAAUUAAGUCAUUUAUAUCCUAA